CCCCCACAUACCCCUCACUCCCCCCCUCCCGCACCCUGAAAAAUUAGGUCCACCUUUGCGAAUUUCGCACACACCCAAGAAAAAUCCUGGGUACGGGCCUGCCUAUAACUUUAGUUUUAUAUUUGUAGACGAAUGAGCAUCAUCAAAGGAAUGUGAUCCGAUAGGAUUCAGCGUCUUCUUUUUGGUAUUGUCUUUAGAAGCUUCCGAAAAGCGUAAUUUCUGACCUAUUCUUCUUUACCUUUUCCAUUGUAUAAUGGAUACCACGCGCAAUUUACGCCAUUACAAUAUCGAUAAGUUUAGCAUCAUAAAUUUUCUUAAAGAAAUGCACAGGCUUUUGGCAUCUUUUGAUGGUUUCAAUGUUUUAAUAAAUUCAAGUGAGUGUGUUAAAGCUGAUAGUUUUUAAAUGCGUAGCCCAAGGAAAACCCGUGAUAUAACGCCUAUAAAAUCGAGUGAACACGGGUGUUCUUCUGUCAUACACAGAAAUUGGCCAACAAAUCACCCGAUAAACCUAAGCAACACUUUUACAUCACACACAGCCUUUUGUUAUCUUUUCAUAUUACCAGAUUUUGUCUUCUCACGAGGAAUAAAAGUGUUUUGUUUGUCUUACCGCUUGACAUCCCUACGUCAUGGCCUUUGAUACUCAAAAUAGAAUGAAUGUUUGCAAACAUUGGUUUCCCAAACUACCAGAUAAACUUUGGCAGAUGGAUCAACCAACGGAACGCACCAGUAAACGUACUUUUAGAGAUAACAAAAGCGUUUACGAGAGUGAUAGAAUAUAAGUAUGCCAAGUUUAUUAGAUUAAAACGAAUACGAAAAAGUAUGCCAAUUUUAUUAGAUUGAAAAGAAUAAUGUUAAUUGAGUUUCGUAUUCUGAUGCCUGUAUAAAUUCUUAAUGAUUUUAUUGAAAACGAAGGUGGAAUUGUUAACAAAGAAUAAAAAGUCAAUUAAAGGAUAAAAGAAGUGCGCUUUGGGGAAAUUUAGUUUUCAACAAAGAAAAUCAAAUUACUUGGAAGGUAAACGUUGUCAAAACUUGAAACGGGGAUGUAGACCUCCAUCGCCUUGCAUACAAGAGCAAAGACGAAAGAGAUGGGAAAAGAGACUUUUAAUCAUAUUAUCUUGCUUAUCCAAACAAUUACGGGAAUUUCGGCUUCUGUAUCUCAAUAUUUUGAGACUCACACUGACAAAUUGUUGGAAGUCCCCUUUCUCGAUACGCUUCUUGUUCGAAGUAUCUUUGAUUGUCAAACUAGCUGCAGUAAGGAUAUGCGUUGCUUUGCAAUCAACUUUGCGCGCGAAGAGGACGAAAACGGUUUGCAUGAUUGCGAAAUCUUGCCGGCAACCAUAAACCCGGUGUUGGAUGAUGUCGACGGCUACGACUUUUUCAAGCGCAUCAUAGAUGUAAGAACAUGCAAACAUGCGAAAGACCUGGGUUUCACUACCGGCGAAUAUCUUAUUGAUCCUGAUGGCCACGGCCCAGCACCACCCUUCCCGGCGUUCUGUAACGUGACUGACGACGAUGGCGUGACAGUUAUCAGUCACGACACCGAGUCACGCAUGGAAGUAACUGGCAGUUGUGACCCGCAUGGAUGCUACAAGCGUAACGUGCGUUAUAGUGGAAUCACUGACGUUGCUGUUCAAUUGGGAGCGCUGGCGGACGCCUCUGAGAGAUGCGAACAGUUUAUUCGUUACGAAAGUCAAGGAUCGUUGCUGAUGGCAAGUCAAAAUAAUCCUAAUGGCUGGCUCGUGUCACGUGUCGGCAAUAAGAUGAGGUACUGGGGCGGGGCACCACGUGACAGUAAGAUGUGCGCAUGCGGAGUGACAGGGACGUGUGUGGACCCCCUAAAAAGAUGCAAUGCCGACAUCAAUAGUGUAAACAUGUGGACUACUGACGAGGGUAUGCUGAUCUACAAGGAAGAUCUUCCCGUCAUUCAACUCAGAUUUGGUGACGUAGCUUCGAGAUCCGAGAUAGCCUUUCACAAUCUGGGAAAACUGAAAUGCUAUGGUGAGCUAUUGAAGGGGAGGGAUGAGCUAUAAAUACCAACGAGCUAUCGCCUGUCUCAGUUAGACAAAGUAUCGAUAUUGUGGUACACUGUUAGCCUACGUGCAGCCGCUGACUCGCGAAAGUAUUUUUGCGAGUCAGCGGCUACACGUAGGCUUGUACACUGUAUGAACAGAUUUGUUCUCGAUUUGUUUAAUUGUAAACGUGAUAUUCUCAAAGUAGUUUUCGCGCACUGUAAGCCUAGUUUAGACGUCGUUCUUUUCAUGUACCAGAUGCAAAUGUAUGCAAAUAAACGAAGUAUUGUUUCAUCUUUUUUUGCAUGCAUUUGGACCAGCUAAGAUGCCAUAGAGUAUUUACCCGCUUAUAAGAGCUUAGGUUUUUCCAGGUUAGCCUAAACAAGUUCUUAUUUAAUGGGUACUUUUUUGAAUUUUAGGCUACUUACGGGUCUAAAUUGGUAUUUUUAGGCUAACAGGUUCUUAAAUUCUAGGUUCUUAUAAGCGGGUGAGUACUGUAGUGAUUUCUCACACAGAUCUAGCAUUGCAUGAAUUUAUUAAAACAAAAUUGGCUGGUUGUAGUUAUAUUGAGAGCUUAUUAGCAUAACCGCGUAAAACUUGGUCCUUGCCAUAUAGUUCAAUUGUUUUUCUCUUUUUUUCUUUUUACAUAUGCUCUGCUUUUGAAUACAAAUAAGAAUUUGCGUGCCUUAAAAACAUUUCUUUCUAAAUGUCGGGGGCACUGUGGACUGGAGGUCCUGUUUUUACUUCAUAGAAAAUAAUAUCUUGCUUGAAUACCCCUUUUGGGCGGAAAAAAAAACCGUUUAAA